UAGUAGUUCAAAUCGAAUUUCCUAUCACCGUCUUAUCACACGAAUUUUGUUGCCCGAACCGGAUACCAGACCUCCGUCCAAUUUCACGCACGUUUUGCUUAUCGACUUUUGAGAAUCUUACAUUCUUCAAAUUCAGAAUUCUCUGAAUAAUCUCCAUACCUGCUUGAUUUUUACUUGAGAUAAAUCGUCGUAACUUGCAUGUGAGGUCGGGAUUCCGGUUGAUAGCCAGAUUUCGACCGCCGAGAAGUCUCUUCAUCGUAUCUUCCAUUUCUGGUUAGAAUCCAUCAAUCUCUCGGUUGAUUUGAUGUCAAAAUGUUUAUAAAAGGCGUCAUUUUGGUUUCCCAGAAGUUUGGAAACGGUGACUGUUGGUUUACUGUCAAUGGUACCAAUUUCCAAACUUGGGAGGCUCUAAUAUCAGUUAGGGGGAUCGUUGUUGGAUCGUGCUUGAGCCUUGAGCCGUGAAGUUUUAUCAAAAUGGUUUCUCUGAGUAAUCAGACUCUCAAUAGCAUAGGAGUUUCUAAGAUCUUUGAGCAUGAACAGCCUCAAUAUUAUCUUCUUUUCCACCAUGAGACUAAGCUUGGCAAUGGUUUUCUGGCCUUCUUGUAUUUGCUGGCCCUUGCCUACUGUUUUAUUGGAUUAUCAACUAUAACUGCUCGAUUUUUUCGGUCUAUGGAAAAUGUCGUUAAGCAUACUCGGACAGUGGUGGAAAUAGAUCCUUGUACAAAUGUCAAAACAGUCAAACAUGAGAAAGUGUGGAAUUAUACUGUAGCAGACAUCACCCUGCUAGCAUUUGGGACUAGCUUUCCCCAGAUCUCUUUGGCCACAAUUGAUGCAAUCAGGAAUCUCGGGAAUUUGCAUGCUGGAGGUUUGGGUCCUGGAACACUAGUUGGUUCUGCUGCGUUCGAUCUAUUUCCUAUCCACGCGGUUUGCGUUGUAGUUCCCAAAGCUGGAGAACUGAAAAAGAUAUCAGAUGUUGGAGUCUGGCUUGUGGAGCUCUUUUGGUCUUUCUGGGCUUACAUCUGGCUGUAUAUAAUACUAGAGGUGUGGACUCCAAACGUUGUUACUCUAUGGGAAGCUUUGUUGACAGUGCUGCAAUUUGGGCUAUUGUUGGUUCAUGCAUAUGCUCAAGACAAGCGUUGGCCUUACUUGUCGCUUCCACUAGAAAGAACUGAGAGGCCAGAAGACUGGGUACCAGCUGAGGCUGCUAAAUGUGGACACGGAAACGUUGUUCGUGAUGAGUCCUCUAAAAUUUUUCAAGUUGAUGAAGAGAACAGCAACAGCAUUGUUGACAUUUUCUCCAUGCACUCAGAAAAUGGGGCAGGUCCUGCAUAUCAAAACUUGAGUUAUACUGAUGCUGAUCAAUCUUGCUCUGAGAAUUUUCACAAGGAGUUCGUUCCUGGAGAAGAUCACGUGCUUUCUAUUUGGAAACAGCAAUUCAUUGAUGCCUUAAUGGUACUCUAUUUUAUGUUGGAAAGUCCUGAAUCAAGAAAACUGAACAAUAUAUACGUAUGGGCUGCAAAAUUUUUCUGGCAGUUGCUCCUUGCACCUUGGAGAUUACUCUUUGCUUUUGUACCUCCUUACCAGAUUGCACAUGGGUGGAUUGCCUUCAUUUGCUCUCUACUCUUCAUCAGCGGAAUUGCUUACAUUGUAACAAAGCUUACUGAUCUAAUAAGCUAUGUCACAGGUAUCAAUUCUUAUGUCAUAGCAUUCACAGCAUUGGCCGCUGGAACCUCAUGGCCGGAUCUAGUUGCAAGCAAGAUUGCUGCAGAAAGGCAGAUAACAGCUGAUUCUGCAAUUGCUAACAUCACUUGCAGCAAUUCCGUGAACAUUUAUGUGGGCAUUGGCAUACCAUGGCUCAUCGACACAAUGUACAACAUCAUAGCAUACAGGGAACCGUUGCAGAUAGAGAAUGCAGAGGGACUUAGCUUCUCUUUGCUCGUUUUCUUCUCGACUUCUGUGGGCUGUAUCGGGGUUUUGGUAUUAAGGCGUCUUGUUUUUGGUGCUGAACUCGGAGGUCCAAAACUCUGGGCAUGGAUUACUUGUGCGUAUUUCAUGUUACUAUGGCUUAUUUUUGUCGUGUUGUCAUCUUUGAGAGUUUCUGGCAUCAUUUGAGUUCCAACUUCCCAUCUCCAUUUAUCUACUCAUUUUGCCGUCUUAGUAUGCAAGUACAUUUUACAGACUUGGGAUUCAGAUGUUGCAGAUUAUGGAGUUUAAUGUUAAAGCUCCUUUAGAAUCUUUGAUUCCAGUGAGGAAAAUAGUUCGAAAACUAUGAGAUGCAUGUGUCUUUAAACAUUAUUAUGUGAGACAUUUAUGAUUUUUUUACAUUUA